AUGACGAAAAGGAAAAAUUUUCCAAGAUAUCUUCACAUAGUUAAAGUUAAAACAGCAUACAAGAGGUGGAUAUCAUCCAGAGAUUAUCAUCCGUUACAUUCAUACUAUUCAUAUUCGUACCACCAGCAUAUUUCCUACAUACACCAACAAAUGACGGAGGAAGCUAUCUUUUUUAAGCAAGCAGCUGAAGCGAUCAUCGCUACUUCUUUGAAUAUAUCAAAUGUUAAUCCUACUAUAAGGGAGUUAUUACACAGGAUACAAGAUAAAAACGUGGAUUUUGAUGAAGUUAUUAAGAAACUUGCGAAGACACAAGAACGCAUAACGCCCACUCAAAUUAACUUCGAAGAUGCGGCCCUUCCGUACGAUAAUCAUAAGAGAUUAUCCGAUGGCUUGCAAUUUCCUUCACAGACAGAAAUAACAUCGCAACCUGUAUUUACAGGAUUUAUGGAACCAUCUUCUGGAUAUGGGGAAGAUUCUAAGGGGUCGUCGUAUAGUAAGCGUGUACAUAAAGUGAAGAAGAAAGAAGUUGAACAACUUGUGGCAAAAUUUCCUUGUUCCAAAUGUGAUCUUAUAUUUACCAGACUUGCUGAUUUGAAAAGACAUGAAAAGGCUCAUACAUUACUAUUGCCACACAUUUGUUCACAAUGUGGUAAAGGUUUUGCAAGAAAGGACGCCUUGAAGAGACAUUUUGAUACUUUGACGUGUAAGCGUAAUAGAUCAAGACUGGAAGAAAUUACUAAUGGGAAAGUAGACGAAUUUUUAGAACGUGCUAAGAGAGAGGGGGUCGGUUUGUGA